AUGGCCCCCCAGAGGACAGUGCAACUGUCCCUGAAGAAACCCACCCAAGCUGUGUGUGUAGUGGAUGUGGAAACACUGGUAGAUGUCCACAGGUCGGUCCCCGAGGGCACAGAUAUGUUUGAGGUGUACGGGACACCUGGCGUGGACAUCUACGUCUCUCCCAGUCUGGAGAGGAGCCGUGAACGUGCCGACACCAGGCGGUGGUACUUCAGUGAGGGGCUGGAGAUCAUCGUGGUCAUGAAUUCCCCCAGCAACGACCUCAAUGACAGUCACGUCCAGAUUGCCUACCACUGCAGCCACGAGCACUUGCCCCUGGCCUACGCUGUGCUCUACCUCACCUGCGUGGACGUCGCCCUGGACUGUGACAUGAACUGUGAGGGCAGACAGGACAGGAGCUUCGUGGACAAGAGGGAAUGGGUCUGGGGCCCUGCUGGCCAUGGAGCCAUCUUGCUGGUGAACUGUGAUCGGGAUGAUACGGCCUGUAACAUCCAGGACAACUGUGACCAGCACGUGCACUGUCUGGAAGACCUGGAAGACAUGUCCAUCAUGGUCUUGCGGACCCAGGGCCCCGCAGCCCUCUUCGAUGACCACAAACUUGUCCUUCACACUUCAAGCUGUGACGCCACACGAGCACGGGUAUUCCACGUCUGCGGUCCCGAGGACUCCUGCGAGGCCUACAAGUGUGUGCUGGGCCAGGACAAAGUGUCGUACGAAGUGCCCCGCCUGAACGGCGAGGAGGAGCGCUUCUUUGUGGAGGGCCUCUCCUUCCCCGACGCCGGCUUCCCGGGGCUCAUCUCCUUCCACGUCACCCUGCUGGAUGACUCCAAUGAGGACUUCUCCGAGACCCCCAUCUUCACGGACACUGUGGUGUUCCGGGUGGCACCUUGGAUCAUGACACCCAGCAUACUGCCACCCCUGGAGGUGUAUGUGUGCCAGGUGAGGAACAACACCUGCUUUGUGGAAGCCGUGGCCGAGCUGGCCAGGAAGGCAGGAUGCAAGCUGACCAUCUGCCCACAGGCAGAGAACCGCAAUGACCGUUGGAUACAGGAUGAGAUGGAGCUGGGCUACGUGCAGGCACCACACAAGACUCUGCCAGUGGUCUUCGACUCCCCCAGGAAUGGAGAACUGCAGGAUUUCCCUUACAAAAGGAUCCUGGGUCUGGAUUUUGGCUACGUGACUCGAGAACCACGAGACAGGUCUGUGAGCGGCCUGGACUCCUUCGGGAACCUGGAGGUCAGCCCCCCGGUGGUGGCCAACGGGAAGGAGUACCCUCUGGGGAGGAUUCUCAUUGGAGGCAACCUGCCCGGGUCGAGAGGACGCAGGGUCACCCAGGUGGUCCGGGACUUCCUCCAUGCCCAGAAAGUGCAGCCCUUGGUAGAACUCUUUGUGGACUGGCUGGCCGUGGGCCACGUGGAUGAGUUUCUGAGCUUCGUCCCUGCCCCGGAUGGAAAGGGCUUCCGGCUGCUUCUGGCCAGCCCCGGUGCCUGCUUCCGGCUCUUCCAGGAAAAGCAGAAGUGGGGCCAUGGCAGAGCCCUCCUGUUCCAAGGGAUUGUCGGUGAGAGGCGGGUCAAGACCAUCUCCAUCAACCAGGUGCUUUCCAACGAGAGCCUCAUUAACUUUAACAAAUUCGUGCAGAGCUGCAUUGACUGGAACCGCGAGGUGCUGAAGCGGGAGCUGGGCCUGGCCGACCGUGACAUCAUCGACAUCCCCCAGCUCUUCAAGAUGGAGAGGAGGAAAGCAGUGGCCUUCUUCCCUGACUUGGUGAACAUGCUGGUGCUGGGCAAACACCUGGGCAUCCCCAAGCCCUUCGGGCCCCUCAUCAACGGCCGCUGCUGCCUGGAGGAGAAGGUGCGCUCGCUGCUGGAGCCCCUGGGCCUGCGCUGCACCUUCAUCGACGACUUCACCCCCUACCACAUGCUGCACGGGGAAGUGCAUUGCGGCACCAACGUGCGCCGGGAGCCCUUCGCCUUCAAGUGGUGGAACAUGGUGCCCUGA